UGUUUUUGUCCGAAAGCCUGAACCUGAAAGCAAGCAGGCAGUUUACUGAUGCAGCCCGGACGCUCUCGCGUUUCGAUGCCUUUGUCUCGAAAGUAUUGAGCGGACUUUUCUUGAUAAAUAUAAAAUAGAGUCGUCGUGUUUUUGAGAGAAAAUGCCUUUUCUGUGAAAGAACUGACUGUUUUUGGCCCACUCGAUGCUAGUGCUUGUUUGACCCACCCUGACAAUUUGUUUUUUUGACUAUUUGUAACUGUUUUGUGCCGAUGCGUUCGCUGAUCACUCUGGAUUAAAGCUGGAGAAAGAUGUGAACAGUGAUGGCAGGCCUCAGUCCGCGUCGCAGACCGAUUGCCCUCCAUUUCCAGUCCAAAGUGUCCUGAAGAAGUGCGGAAUCCAUCCAGUAUGGAUCACAGCGUUAAGGCCAUGACCUCGCCUCGAGUGUUGGCCAGAGCCUUCAAUCCACAUCGUUUUGAGAACGAUGAGCUAGAGCAGCUCUAUCAGCGCUAUAUCUGCAAGCUUCAGCAUUCCAGCGUGGCUGCUGUGGUGGCUCUGUUCGUUCUGCUUACUUUCCUGUUGGCCAAUUUGGGAUUGGUGUACUCGCAGACAGCCACAACUCAAAACGUCUUCCAUGCGGCCCAUUGCAUCCUUUUUGCGGUCCUGCUGGGCUUCCUCCAUACUCGGUUCAUGCAGGACGCCUAUCUCCUCUGGGUGUGUUACGUGGUCCUUUUCUUCCUUGCAGCUUUCUGCGCUUUGGCUCUGCCUUUCUAUCCUACCAGUGCGGCUACCAAAGUUGCUGCCGAUGGCACUUGGCAGGUGGUCUUCGUCAUCUUCCUGGCCUAUGCAAUGAUGCCGCUCAAGUCCUGGAUAGCGGGCGUGUUCGGUCUUUUGCUGUGCUCCGGUCAUGUUGCCGUUUCUUCAGUGUUUGCCACCGAUUUUCCUCACUUGCGUUGGCAGCAGUUAAGCGCCAAUGUGAUUGUUUUCAUGUGCGUGAACAUUGUGGGAAUUUUCAUGCACAACCUGAUGGAACAUGCACAGCGAAAGGCGUUUCUUGACACCCGCAAUUGCAUAGCUGCCCGCCUGGAAAUGGAGGAUGAAAAUGAAAAACUGGAACGGCUGCUUUUGUCGGUUCUUCCCCAACACGUGGCCAUGGAAAUGAAAAACGAUAUCAUAUCGCCGGUUGAAGGCCAAUUCCACAAGAUCUAUAUCCAGAAGCAUGAAAAUGUCAGUAUAUUGUUUGCAGACAUAGUGGGCUUUACCGUAUUGGCGUCACAGUGUACAGCACAAGAACUCGUCCGGCUGCUCAAUGAGUUGUUUGGUAGAUUCGAUCAACUGGCAAAUGAUAAUCAUUGUCUUCGGAUCAAGAUCUUAGGAGACUGCUACUACUGUGUUUCGGGACUGCCGGAGCCUCGCUCAGAUCAUGCACACUGCACUGUGGAAAUGGGGCUGGACAUGAUCGACGCCAUUGCUAGUGUAGUGGAGGCCACUGAUGUCCAGUUGAACAUGCGGGUCGGAAUCCAUUCUGGGCGUGUUCUUUGCGGCGUCCUCGGGCUCCGUAAGUGGCAGUACGACGUGUGGUCAAACGAUGUCACCUUGGCCAAUAACAUGGAGGCUGGAGGAGAGCCAGGACGCGUGCAUAUUACUCAAGCCACCCAAGACUACCUGGGAGGAGAAUACGAGGUGGAACCAGGAAAUGGGGGCUCGCGCAACCAAUACUUAAGGGACCAUUGCGUUACCACCUACUUCAUUGUGCCUCCAGCCAGAAGACGAAAGCCACUGUUGUUCAACACGCUCCAGGUGCGGUCCGCCCUCGGCGCUGCUCAGCGACGGAAGCUCAGCUUCAAGAAUGUCAGCAAUGUGGUAGUGCAGCUGCUCCACUCGAUCAAGUACUCGAUGGAGGUGCCGUUCAGCAAUAUGGCGCUGCAGCCCGAACUCAAAUCGACCAGUACCCGAAAGGAUGCGGUAGCAGACCUGCAGAGGGUGCUUCACAGAGACCCUUCGGGUGAACCGGUACAAGAUGCUCAGUCUAGUAGGAAUGUGCUAGAACUGCAAAGGGUGCUCCACGCCGAAAUUUCACCCUCUCAAGACCAAACUCGAUCGACCAUUCAGGCCACAAGCAGCCAUAAUAAAGUGACGGAGAAGUUUAAAAGGCCCUUUAAAAAGCGCCAUUCCAGUGUCUACCAUCAGCCGUCCAAUCGCGUGAAUAAGUAUCUGGCGCAGGCCAUUGAAGCGCGAAGUGUGGAUAGGGAAAAGUCCACUCAUGUCAGCCUCUUCACAUUGUGCUUCAAGGACAAGAACAAAGAAAGUCAAUAUCACGGCGAUUUGGACGUAGGCUACAGCUCCACUUUGGCUUGCGCUCUUGUUCUUCUUCUCCUGCUCGGCACUCUUCAGGCCACAGUUCUGCCCCGCACCAUCAUCCUGCUGCUGUUGUUCCUUGUGGCGUUCAUCUGGAUCUCUGCCCUGCUCAUAUUGCUGCUGGCAGUGCGCUUGAGGUGGAUUCUAUGGGAUAUUUCCCAUAGUUUCGUUCUGCGACUGGCCAUCACCAUGUUCACCAUCGUGCUAAUCUACACAAUGGCCCAAGUUAAUGUGUUCACGUGCAGGGCGGAGGAGCCGUGCAUUUCCCACAGUACUCUGAACGUCACUCUGGAUACUGGAUCGCCCUUGGAAAGGGACCAUCGAGCGUGCCCAUUGCCUCAAUACAUUGUUCUAUCUUGCGCUCUUGGGUACUUGGCAGUGGCCAUCUUCUUGAGGCUCCCCAUCCUACUGAAAGCUUCUCUCCUUUUUGUGAUGUCCACCAUUUACGUCCUCCUCAUCGAGCUGUCUCAUAUCGACCUCUUCAACUGUUACGAUAGCCGAGUGGGAUCAGUGAUUCCAGUGCAUGUGCUCAGCGUGGUUGAGGUGCUGAUGUUUGUGCUGGCCGUUCUUCUACAUGGCAGGCAAGUGGAAUGGACGGCCAGGCUGGAUUUUCUCUGGCAGGUGCAGGCCAACGAGGAAAAACGGGAGAUGGACGCGUUGCAGCACUCCAAUAAGAGGAUCCUGUUCAAUUUGCUGCCUGCCCACGUUGCAACUCAUUUUCUGGAUAAUCAGUUCCGAAGCAAUAUGAAUACUCUAUCACAGGAACUGUACCAUCAAAGCUACUCGCGCGUGGGUGUGGUUUUCGCUUCGAUCACCAACUAUCACGAGUUUUACACCGAACUGGAUGGCAACAAUCAGGGCGUCGAAUGCCUUCGGCUAUUGAACGAAAUCAUAGCCGAUUUUGACGACCUGCUCAGCGAGGAGCGGUUUAAGGCGAUCGAUAAGAUUAAAACUGUGGGUUCUACGUAUAUGGCAGCGGUUGGCCUGAUGCCCGAUCUGCGGAUUCUGGACGAGGAUGAGGCAACAGCUGGACUGCAUCUGGGCACUUUGGUCGAGUUUGUGUUCGCCAUGCGAGAACGUUUGCUCAACAUAAACGAAAACUCGUACAACAACUUCAUGCUGCGCGUCGGUAUCAACAUUGGGCCCGUGGUGGCAGGCGUGAUUGGGGCUCGAAAACCUCAAUACGACAUCUGGGGGAACACCGUAAAUGUGGCGAGUCGGAUGGACUCAACCGGGCUACCCAACCACACUCAAGUUACCGAAGAAGUUUACCAAGUGCUGAAGAAUCAUCCCUACGAAUUCCAAUGCCGAGGCAAAGUGAAAGUGAAGGGAAAAGGCGAUAUGACCACAUACUUUUUGAUCGACAGGAAGCAGCCCGGCACGUUACGAGUGGAGGAGUUGAAUAGUAUCCGAACCAACCCCAACAAUGUUAACA